AUGGAGACAGACAGCACAUCUGAGACCUGUGAUGAAACAAGUUCAGUGAAAUGCCUGAAACAGAACUGGGAGAAAUGGUCAGAUGAUCACAGGGAAUAUCAGAAACACAAUCCCUUUAGUGACCAUGAUGUGCUGCUCCCUCAUCCCAAGCAGGGUCAGGAAGAAUACGGCCGACCUCUGGAAGGCUCCGAGACUGAGCGCAGGGGAAAGGAGGCUCACUCCCAUAUCCAUAAAGAAGUGACAGAACUGUGUCAGAUUAUUUCAGCUAUCGGACACAGGCAAGGAGACGGGACCACACAGGUGGAGUUCGGCACGUUGUUUGAACAUUACAUCUCCAUCUCGAACAAGCUGGUGGGAGUGCUUCUGCGUGCACGGAAGCAGGGUUUAGUGCACUUUGAAGGGGAGAUGCUGUGGCAAGGGCGAGAUAAUCGUGUCCUCAUCAAGCUACUUGCAUAAAGUAUACAUUG